UCGGGUCUCGAUUAGGGUAUUUAUUCGUGUUAUUGAGGGCAGAAAAGGUGAAUUUUUUCGCCCCGUCCAGUUCCGCUAGCCGUUCGAAGCCUUAUCGAGGGAUCUCCAUCUUGGUUUUUAUCGAGGAUCUCUGUCUUGGUUUAUGAGCUCGAAGGAGAAACCCACUCUAGGUGGCACGCGGAUAAAGACCCGCAAACGGAAUAUAGCUGCUCCUUUGGACCCUGCAGCUUUUGCAGAUGCAGUGGUCCAGAUAUAUCUGGAUAAUGCUGGUGAUCUGGAACUUGUUGUGAAGAAUAUUGAAUCUUCAGAACUUAACUUCUCAAGAUAUGGUGACACCUUUUUUGAGGUUAUCUUCACUGGUGGCCGGACACAACCAGGUACAAUAAAACCUGAUGAGGGAGAGAGACACCCUUACUCAGUUCUAGAUUGCCAGCCUAAACGUGAAGCCAUCUUGCCUUCGGUUCUGUACAUUCAGAAAAUUUUGCGGCGAAGGCCCUUUUUGAUUAAAAACCUUGAAAAUGUUAUGCAAAAGUUCCUUCAGUCCUUGGAACUUUUCGAGGAGAAUGAAAGACAGAAGCUUGCCAUAUUUACUGCUCUUGCAUUCUCUCAGAAAUUAUCAGGCCUUCCGCCUGAGACUGUCUUCCAAGCAUUGCUCAAGGAUAAUCUCGUUGCCAAGGGGCUAGUACUCUCCUUUGUUACUGUUUUCUUUAAGGAGUAUUUGGUAGAAAACAGUUUGGAUGAUCUCAUGCUGCUUUUGAAGCGAGGUAAAAUGGAGGACAAACUGCUUGAUUGUUUUCCCACUGCCAAGCGCUCUACUGAAUGCUUUUCUGAGCAUUUCACUAAAGAAGGAUUGUUAGCUCUUGUCGAGUAUAAUGAGAAGAAAAUUUUUGAAGUGAAACUUAAGGAAAUGAAAACAACACUAACAACCCAGAUUGCAGAAGAAACAGAUAUCUCUGAUGUCAUACAAACUGCAAAACAGCAUGUAAAGGACGCUAAAUUACCCGACGUUGAAGUUGUACGCAUUUUGUGGGAUAUGCUAAUGGAUACUUUUCAAUGGUCUGGUAAAAACCAGCAGCAGAAUGCAAAUUCUAUACUUCGUCAGGUGAAUACUUGGUCAGGACUUCUGAAUGCUUUUUGUACUAGUGGCAAGCUGGAAUUGGAACUGAUGUACAAAGUUCAGAUCCAGUGCUACGAGGAUGCCAAACUGAUGAAGUUAUUCCCAGAAAUUAUAAGGUCCCUUUACGACCAGGAUGUGCUUGCUGAAGAUACUAUUCUUCUUUGGUUCCGGAGGGGUGCAAACCCAAAGGGCAGGCAAACUUUUGUGAAAGCUCUGGAGCCAUUUGUGAACUGGCUCGAGGAAGCUGAAGAGGAAGAAUGAUUAACAGUGAUGCUUUAAACGGACUAUUAGCUUAUGGGUCUUCAGUUCAUUACUAGUUUUGUCUGCUGGCUGCAUUAUGAUGCUUGAAACAAACCACGAUUUACAUUUGAUUGUGUUUGCAAAACCUAUAGUCCUAUUGCAAGAGCUAUUUUGAAUUUAUGUGACUUGUGGAAUAUUAUGAUCUAAGAAUGUAUUCCAACUUGUUUGUGAUA